AUGAAGGAAUUAGAACAAGCCGAUAGUUUCCUACCCCGAAAUGUCCACCCAAGCCCUGCUGUUUCAUCGCCAACCAGAGGAACCAGAAAGGUAAGUGAUAUAAACCCACCUUUGCUUAAAUUGGAAUAUUUUUGUUUAGAAAUUUAA